UACUGUAAGCAAUCGAGGCAAAAAUUCAUUUCAAUACUAAACUGAUUCUCUUUUACAAUGUCAUUUGCUUUAUCUAAUCUAGCACGUUUGAGAACUAAACAUGUUCUUCCAAUUUUCGCUGCAGCUGCCAGCAGCUUGUAUUAUUACCACUCAAUCAACUCAAUUGCUAGCGAGACUCCGGUCGCCCUGAAAGGCGGCGAUGAGUGGAUUGACUUGAAAUUGAAGGAUGUCAGGCAAUUGUCUCACGACACCAAACUUCUCACUUUCGAAUUGCCAAGCCCGGAUGCCAAAUCCGGUUUGACCACCGCUUCCUGUGUGAUGACCAAAUUUGUGACCGAGAAGGGCAACAACGUCAUUAGACCAUACACUCCAAUCAGUGACAAUGAGCAACAGGGAACCUUGGAAAUGCUCGUUAAGCACUACGAUGGAGGUAAAAUGUCCUCUCAUAUUUUCGAUCUAAAGCCUCAGGACACCUUGUCUUUCAAAGGUCCUAUUCAAAAAUGGAAGUGGGAGCCAAACUCCUUCAAAGAGAUCUAUUUGCUUGGCGGUGGUACCGGUAUUACUCCAUUGUACCAGUUGAUUCAUGAGAUUUUGAAGAACGAGAAGGACCAAACUAAGAUCAAGCUUUUGUAUGGGUCCAAGACUGUUGAUGACAUUUUGCUCAAGCCGGAAUUGGAUGCCUUGGCUAACAAGCACCCAGAUCAAUUUAAGGUCAGAUACUUUGUUGACAAAGCUACUAAGGUCGCAGACCAAAAGAUUACUGAGGGAUUCAUUACCAAGGAUGUCUUGUCUAAGGAGUUAUCCGGUCCUUCCGAUGACAUCCACAUUUUUGUCUGUGGGCCUCCACCUUUCUAUGAUGCUAUCUCCGGAAACAAGAAGUCACCAAGUGACCAAGGUGAGCUCACUGGAGCCCUUGCAGAGCUGGGCUAUAACAAGAGUCAAGUGUUCAAAUUCUAGAGGUGAUUAGAUUAUCGGUGCGUCGAUCGACCUGCCCUUUUGGCACUACAUAGGGCUAUAAAAAAAA